AUGAUUUUCUUAGCUUCUGUAUUCACCAAUGGGCUCCCCAUACUGACUGCUUCACUGCCCUCUGCAUCCAAAACCUUGCUUCACCCUAUCCUGAGUACUGCAGUUGAAUUAUCCUUUUCUAGUGGUGAUCAUCCUCCCAAUUUACCCUAUUCUUUCUUUCUUCUUCCAUUAUCCAACCAAACAAGGUCCUAUCUUGGUCUCUUAUUCUUUUGUCUAUUUCUUCUUCUUAAUUUAUUAACCUAUGGUUACCUGUCUUGGGGCCAGAGCUUAAAAGAAGAAGAGGAAGGGGCCUUACUAGGUCAAGCUGGAGAGAGACUAGAGUCCAUUACAGCUGCCACCUCCCAGCCUCAUCUAAUUUUCAUCUUAGCUGAUGAUCAGGGAUUUAGAGAUGUGGGUUACCAUGGAUCUGAGAUAAAAACGCCCACUCUGGACAAGCUCGCUGCGGAAGGAGUCAAACUGGAGAACUACUACGUGCAGCCGAUUUGCACACCUUCCAGGAGCCAAUUUAUUACUGGAAAAUAUCAGAUACACACGGGACUUCAACAUUCUAUCAUAAGACCUACUCAACCCAACUGUUUACCUCUGGACAAUGCAACCCUACCUCAGAAGCUGAAGGAGGUUGGCUAUUCAACGCAUAUGGUUGGCAAAUGGCACCUGGGUUUUUACAGAAAAGAAUGUAUGCCCACCAAGAGAGGAUUUGAUACCUUUUUUGGUUCUCUUUUGGGAAGUGGAGAUUACUAUACACACUACAAAUGUGACAGUCCUGGGAUGUGUGGCUAUGACUUGUACGAAAAUGACAAUGCUGCCUGGGACUACGACAAUGGCAUAUACUCCACACAGAUGUAUACUCAGAGAGUGCAGCAAAUCUUGGCUUCCCAUAACCCCACAAAGCCUAUAUUUUUAUAUAUUGCCUACCAAGCGGUCCACUCGCCGCUGCAAGCCCCUGUCAGGUAUUUUGAACACUACCGAUCCAUUGUCAACAUCAACAGGCGGAGGUACGCAGCCAUGCUUUCCUGCUUAGAUGAAGCAAUCCACAACGUGACCCUGGCUCUGAAGGCGUAUGGUUUCUACAACAACAGCAUUAUCAUUUACUCUUCAGACAACGGUGGCCAGCCCGCAGCAGGAGGAAGUAACUGGCCCCUCAGAGGCAGCAAAGGAACAUACUGGGAGGGGGGGAUCCGGGCCAUUGGCUUUGUGCAUAGCCCUCUUCUGAAAAACAAGGGGACGGUGUGUAGGGAACUCGUGCACAUCACCGACUGGUACCCCACUCUGAUUUCCCUGGCGGAAGGGCAGAUCGAUGAGGAUAUUCAGUUAGAUGGCUACGACAUCUGGGAGACCAUCAGUGAAGGCCUUCGUUCACCCCGAGUAGAUAUUUUGCACAACAUUGAUCCCAUUUACACCAAGGCAAAGAACGGCUCUUUGGCAGCAGGCUACGGGAUCUGGAACACGGCGAUCCAGUCGGCCAUCAGGGUGCAGCACUGGAAACUGCUCACGGGAAACCCCGGCUACAGCGACUGGGUUCCCCCGCAGUCCUUCAGCAACCUGGGGCCCACCCGGUGGCACAACGAGCGCAUCACCCUGUCCACCGGCAAAAGCGUGUGGCUUUUCAACAUCACGGCUGACCCCUACGAGAGGGUGGACCUGUCUCACAGGUAUCCCGGGAUCGUCAAGAAGCUCCUCCGGAGGCUCUCGCAGUUCAACAAAACGGCAGUGCCGGUCAGGUAUCCCCCAAAAGACCCCAGAAGUAACCCGCGGCUCAACGGGGGAGUCUGGGGGCCGUGGUACAAAGAAGAAAAGAAGAAAAAGCAGCAAAGCAAAAGCAAGGCUGGGAAAAAGCCAAAGAAAAAGAAGAUAAAGAAGAAGAAACAGCGGAAAGCAGGCUCGUUUCCAAAUUGCCAUUCAGGAGUGACUCGUGGAUAG